GAAUGUCAAAAUCAAAAUAAGCAGAAAAUGUUGGACAAGUAAAAUAAUCUAAUUUCAACAAGUGCAAAAUAUAGAGUGGCGCAUCUGAGUUUUAGAAUGCGUAUUAACUUAUAAGAAUGCCUAUACCGCCCAUGAAUUACAGCGUGCCGCCGCCGCGGCUGAACAUGCCUCCGCCGGCGGUACCUCCGCUGCCCGUGCCCCCACCGGCGGCGCCUCCGCAUUCUGUCCCACCACCAUCGGCACCUUUAUUGUCUGUGCCUCCGCCGUCAGCACCUCUCGCAGCGCCGCCUCCGCUGUCUGUGCCACCACCGACGGGACCCCCGCUUGCCGUGCCACCACCGUCGGCGACUCCGCUUUCCGUGCCUCCACCGUCAAUGCCGCCUUUAGGGCAGAUGUCUAUGCCUCCACCACAGCUUUUCCAACACCCGCCACCAUAUUCCAGACCCCCUUUACCUCCAUUGGACAAGCCUCCACCAUUAACAAUCACUAACUUACCUCCACUAAACGUACCACCGCCAUCGGUGACGGCGUUUCCUCCUCCUGCAGUGCCUCCGCCUUUCCCACCGCCUUCAGGGGCUGCAUUCCCCUCUCCAGACUUUUCCAAUCCACCUCCAACAUUAAAGGAUAAAUUGGUCAACCCAAAUGACUCAAAGUCAGUAAAACAUGACACUCCCACAACAUCCAAAGUCAGUGACAGUGUUUAUUAUGACUCCAAAAGUAGUUCUUCAACAUCAAGAUAUGAUUCACCUCUAAGACAUAGAGGUAAAAGUCAUGAUAGAGAAGGAAGUCAUCGCAAAUCAAGUCCUACUCAUGGUGGUUCAAACUACAGUCGAAGCAGGCACAGCCGGAGCCCUUCAAGACAUAGUCACAGAGAUGAUUAUAGGGAAAGAGACAGACAUAGAGAGAGCAGCAGAGACAGAGAUAGAUACAGGGAAAGUAGUCAUAGAGAUAGAGAAUUGGAAAAAGAAAGAUAUUAUAGAGAAAAAUAUGAAAGGGAAAGGAUGAAGUAUGAGCAUGAAAGACGUCACAGUCCAUCUCACUAUCGGGAAAGCAGUCACAGCAGGAGGUCACCUUCCAGGCACAGCCACCGUUCACCCAGUAGACACAGUCAUCGGUCUCCUAGCAGAUACAGUCAUCGGUCCCCAAGCAGAUAUAGUCAUAGGUCACCCAGCAGGCACAGCCACAGGUCUCCAAGUAGACAUAGUCAUCGGUCACCCAAUAGGCAUAGUCUUAGGUCGCCAAGUAGAGAUUCACGAUACAGGAGCCAUGCUAGGGAUUUGUCCCCACGCUCCCGCCAUGAGUCCUUACCAAAGAAACCGCUUACUGACAGAGAGAAGAUUCUUGAAGAAUAUAGGAGAAAUUACUGUCAUACUUCAGAAGAUCUGAUUGAAAAAAUUGAGAAAUGGUCUAAAGAAAAACAGGAAGAGGAAGAGACCCCGCAAAUGUGGUACAGAAGCUCCCCAGCAGAACUGUACUAUAUACCCACUGAAGGUGGUGUGAAACAAACACCAAAACUGGAGAAGAUAUGUGACACUUUCUUUACUAAAGUGAUUGAAAGAGGGAGGAACGCUAGACCCGAAGUGGAUGAGCUGCCUCCACUGAAGGCGCCAAAGGCAAAAAUGUGCAAGCAUAGAUUGGAUGAAAAGAGUUCAUCGUCGUCAUCGUCAGAGAGUGAAGAGAGUUUAGACGAAGACGGACUGCAGGGCUACACCGACCGGAUCAUGGUGGAGCUACAGAGGAAGCAGAGCCAUCCAAGGAGGCUGCAUCCAGAAAUGUGGUUCAACAACACUGGCGAGAUGAACGGCGGGCCGCUCUGCCGCUGCAGCGCGCGCGCGCGCCGCCACGGCAUGCGCCACGGAGUUUACGCCGGCGAGAGUAGCUUCCCCAAGUGUGCGCCCAACCACAGCAACCUGGACAAGCUAUACCAUUACAGGAUAACCGUGUCCCCGCCAACCAACUUCCUCAUCAAAGCGCCCACCAUCAUCGGCCACGACGAACACGAGUUCCUCUUCUCCGGGUUCUCGAUGUUCUCACACUACAAGCUAGCCAAGUUACCCACCUGCAAAGUCAUUAGGUUCAAUAUCGAGUACACGAUAUUGUAUGUCGAGGAACCCGCGCCGCAGAACUUUACUGUGAGGGAACUGGAUUUGUUUGAGGACUUCCUGUUCAUGGAACUGCUUGAACUGGUGGAUCUGGACCUGGGCAAAGCGACGGAAAACUCCUGCUCGCAGUUCCACUUCCUGCCGAGAUUCGUACGGUUCCUGUCUGAGGGUGGAUGCGAGGUCCUGUCAAUGUGCGAGGUGCUAAAAUACCUUCUAGACCAAAGCGGACUGCUGAUUCCACCCAACGAGUUGGAAAAUUUCCACAGCAUGGACCAUUACACCUGGCAGAAGUUUGUGGAUAGAAUUAAAGGAAUGAUAGUAACAUACCCAGGGAAAAAGCCAUGUUCCGUGAGGGUGGACCAACUAGAUCGCAGUCCGCCAGUGGGUGCUAAGGAUACCAAAUCCAAGACUUUCUUCCCCGAGAUCGUGCACUUUGGCAUUCGACCUCCGCAACUCAGCUACGCCGGGAACCCUGAGUACCAGAAAGCCUGGCGUUACUACGUCAAGUACCGCCACUUGAUCGCAAACAUGGCCAAGCCGUCGUUCAAAGAGCGACAGAAACUCGCCGCCAAAGAGGCUAAACUCCAAGAAAUGAGAACACAGAGCAAAAUGAAGAGAGAUGUCACUGUGGCUAUAUCUUCAGAGGGAUUUCAUACUACUGGUCUCAUGUGUGAUAUAGUACAGCACGCCAUGCUGAUCCCAGUAUUAGUUCGUCACCUCCGCUUCCACAAAUCGCUAGACAGUCUCGAAGAAAAAAUGGGUUACGUGUUCAAACAACGAGCAUUGCUCCAAACGGCACUAACCCACCCAUCGUAUAGGGAAAACUUCGGGACCAACCCUGACCAUGCGAGGAAUAGUCUCACUAACUGCGGUAUAAGGCAGCCGGAGUAUGGAGAUAGGAGAAUACAUUAUACUAGGAAGAAGGGUAUCGUAACCCUGAUCAACAUAAUGUCCCGAUUCGGCAAACACAGCGAAACUGAAUCAGAAAUAAAACACAACGAGCGUCUGGAGUUCUUAGGCGACGCCGUCGUGGAAUUCCUAUCGUCAAUACAUCUCUUCAGGAUGUUCCCUGGCUUGGCCGAAGGCGGUCUGGCUACUUAUCGAGCGUCUAUUGUGCAGAAUCAGCACUUGGCCAAGUUAGCUAAGAAUAUUGAGCUGGAGCAGUUUAUGCUGUACGCGCAUGGCUCGGACCUGUGUCGGGACGUGGUGAUGCGGCACGCGAUGGCCAACUGCUUUGAGGCGCUCAUGGGCGCGCUCUUUCUCGAUGGAGCGUUACAGGUCGCGGACCGCGUAUUCUCCCUAGCACUGUGGUACAACGAGGCAGAAUUAUUAGAAGUGUGGAACAAAGAACGCGCUCACCCGCUACAGGAACAAGAGCCCCUCGGUGACCGCAAGUACAUCAAGGACUUCAAGUUUCUGCAAAAGCUCACAGAAUUUGAGGACUCCAUAGGUGUCCAGUUCAAUCACAUCCGCCUCCUCGCCCGCUCGUUCACCGACCGCUCCGUCGGCUUCACACACCUCACGCUCGGCUCCAACCAGCGGCUCGAGUUCCUGGGCGACACCGUGCUGCAGCUCGUCGUGUCCGACCGCCUCUACCGACACUUCCCCGACCACCACGAGGGCCACUUGUCUUUGCUGCGUUCGUCGCUAGUAAACAACCGCACGCAAGCCAUGGUGUGCGACGACCUCAACAUGUCUGAGUACGCCAUCUACAACAACCCGAAAGCCAAGCCCACAACUAAGAAACACAAGGCUGAUCUACUUGAAGCUUUCCUUGGAGCACUGUAUAUUGAUAAAAACCUGGACUACUGCCAAGCGUUCUGCAACGCUUGCCUCUUCCCGCGUCUGCAGGAGUUCAUCCUGAACCAAGACUGGAACGAUCCCAAGAGCAAACUGCAGCAGUGCUGCCUCACGCUGCGGUCUAUGGAGGGCGGCGAACCAGAUAUACCGCUAUACAAAGUCAUCGAGUGCCUCGGACCAACCAACACUCGCGUAUACACAGUGGGUGUGUAUUUCCGCGGCGCCCGACUAGCGGCGGCGCGCGGUCACUCCAUACAAGAGGCUGAAAUGAACGCGGCUGAACAAGCGCUUGCUCAAGCCCAUGAGCUCUUUCCUCAACUGGAUCAUCAGAAGAGAGUGAUAGCGAAGAGCAUGAAACGAAAGAAGAGAUCGGACAGCCCACAAGAGACCGCGUCCCACAAGCGUAAGAAACUCGAAGAUCGCGUACCGAAAGCCUAUCGACUCGACAAAAAAUCCGAGUCGGAAUCUGAAGACAGCAGCGCUCCCUCUCUAUCUGAAGACGAGGAAAAGAGCGAACCGAAAUCGGAUGACGACUCUGGACUCGAUAGCGACACGGAGUCGAUAAGUCAGGAUAAAUUGGAGAACGUGCAAGUUAGCAGCUUAGUUAGUGACAUGGAGAAAAUAAAAGAGGAUCUGAUUAGGAGGAAUGAGUAUGAUAAGCUUAAGGAGAAGUGUAGGCAGUCGGAUUCGGAUGAAGAGUGAAACUUUAGGUAGGAAAAAAUAUUAUAAUUUGCCCUAAAGGGUUGAAAAUUUGUGGAUGAAAGUUACACAUAGCAUGAUUUUUGUAACACGAAUAAAUCAUCAUCUGUAUAAUACGCAACCAUGAUAAUUUGCACUUAGAAAAGCCAAUAAUCGUUCAGUAUUCGAUGAUUGAAUGAAUCUGUGUAGCCGUCACCUACUUGAGUUUUAAGGCCGGACAGACGGACUGCGAUGCAAUUGUAACGUUGGUGUGCAGUUUCCAAGUUGCCUUACUUAUAAUCACAGGCGAGUUUUGAACUGAUACGCAAACAGAUUUGCACUAUAAUCGUUUGGAGAAUAUCACCUAUGAUUUUUAUUUAGCCAAAAUCGAAUUUUAAAUAGUCAGUGAACUUACGGAUGAUACUUUUUUAUGGUUGUGUAUAACCGUGGUAAAGACUGAGAAAGGAAGCUAACCAUUGUUUAAGCACUUGACAGUUCUAAAAGAAUUAGCUGCUUCUACUUUUUGGGCCAAUUCUAAACUAUAGCUUAAGGUAUUAUUUGUUAUGUAAUAAGGAAAGUUUAAGUUUGACGUAAUUCUCUAGAUGCAAUAAAUUGACCAACGCUAAUCAUAAUGUAUUAUAGAAUUGUGAAUCAUCAUUUUUAUUAUUGACAUAGAGUGAAAUCAUAAAUGAACUAAGUAAUUUUCAAUAUUUACUUAAGAUACCAAGUGAAAACUAAUAUGUAAAACGAAAUAAAAAAUGAUUAAAUA